AUGCAAGAGAUACUGGCGGAAAAGGUCCUUACCCACGGAUUCGUACAUGGCCACAUCCACAAACACAAAGAUCAUACACAUAUCCAUGGACAUAUUCAUAAUCAUGAUCAUGACCAUCAUCAUGGUUUAGAUGAAGCCGCUGACAAAGUUGAAUUAUGUCCAGAAUCUGAAGAAUUGGCACUCUGUGAUGAAAUUUUUUGCAAUGAGCUUGAUGAUUGUCUCUUCACCAAUUGCCAAGAUACCAGAGAUCAGUGUCUGCAACAUGAAUGCUACGAUGAAACCGCCUACUCCACUUACGAUUGUACUUCAUGCUGUGAAGAUCCCAACUGUGACUCGACAAAUUCUGUAUGUCCUAGUUUGGUUUGUAAGGACCCUGCUUGCUCGGGUGAACAUCAGGACCACGAGAACAAUUUAUGUGAUCUUCAGCUCUCCAAACGGCCCAUUUUUGAAAACUUGAUCAAUAACGUUCAUAGCGGUAUUUGUGAGGAACAGCCCCGGAAAAAAUUGCGUUCGGACCCUCUCAAGGUACCAAAGUUGCAGCUCCAUUUCCCUCACGAAUGCCAUCCUGCUCCAGAGCAAAAUGCUUCAACAAAGUGUGAUUCCGAUGCUAAACCGUGCUCUGUAAAUCACCACCAUAUCCACCAGUCAUGCUUUCACACCACCAUUCCCAACCCUCCUAUCGGGUCUGAAGACCCCGUGAUGUCCGACUUUGACUUUUAUGUCCAAUUCAACAAUUUCAACGAAACACUCAAGUCGCUUUCAGAUAUAUCGUACCCAGAGUAUUUGUGCGAAUGGGAAAAUUGCCAUAAAACCGUCACCAACCAGACCUUCUUACAGCACCUCUUGGAAAACCAUAUUGGCCAGGAAUACUCCCGCUCAGACGUUAAAAGCGAGGCGCCAUACCACUGCGAAUGGAACUAUUGCAACUUUAUGGAUUCCGAUUUAAACUCGUUGAUAAACCAUGUGAACGUCCACAAGAAACACUCAGAAACAAACAAGAACAAUGUGUUGACACCAAGCUCAUCAGAACUCUCAGCAAACUCAUCUCCGCUCGAAAACACCACCACUGACCACCAUCUAGACAUAAGACCGGUUGGCCAGGCGUCAAACUACAAUAUCACCGCCAUGGAAAUAAGGCCUACAGAUGCCCAUCUGCGAUGUAACCAUGUCGAAGAUCCAACUUUCACCUGUAAAUGGGAAACCCAUACAGAAAAUGGCGUGCCGGUGCCUUGCGGGAAGAGCCAUGGUUCUGCCGCGGAACUUCACAACCAUCUUCUCGAAGAACACCUCAAAUCCGGCCAAAAGCUGUACGAUUGUUGCUGGAUGGGCUGUGAACGUCACAACGGGAAAAACUUUCGACAGAGACAGAAACUAGUGAGGCAUCUAUUCAUCCAUACUAAGCAUCGACCAUGCGUGUGCGACAUCUGCGGCGCUCGUUUUGCAGUUGCAAAUAUGCUUAAACAGCACAUGCGGACUCAUUCAGGCGAGAAACCAUACGCCUGCAAUGUCUGUGGAAAACAGUUCUCUACCAGUUCCAGUCUUUCGAUCCAUAAUAGGGUGCAUACAGGCGAAAAGCCGUUGAUGUGCAAAUGGCCAGGAUGUGGAAAACGGUUCCGAGAAUCUUCAAACUUGACCAAACACAUGAAGGUGCACUACAAGAGCAACAAACCAGAAGAUGCAGCUUUUCUACCGAUAGAGGGCGCUAUAACGGCCGGUUAG